AUGGCGUCGACACGACUAUCCGCCUCUUUCCACCCUCGAGAUCCGAUAACAUGGCAGCAUCUCCUGCGUGCUACACUGCGAGAAUGCACCUACCUCCCUGAUCCCAUUGCCCGAACCUAUAUGCGCGAACAUGUGCUGGAACGCUAUCGCCGCUCUCUAGCCGCGCGGGAUGCCGGCCGACCUGAACACCAACUGGCUCGGGCUGCCAGGCAUGGGCUGUCUCUGCUUCAACGAGCAAAUGAAGGCUACCAACGCCCUCUUGAAAGAGUCUUGUAUAUGUCAUACGGUCGCAUCGGAAAACGACGACACCAGCUGUUGGCUCGGAUAUCGACCCCCCAAGUCCCGAAAGAUACCAACGCUGUGGAGGCUCUGAUCGCGCAGCCCAUCAAGUUUGAAGACGGCUGGGAGCCAACAGAAAUCGUGCUCAGUCUUGCCAAAUCCCAAAUGAACAAUGGGAUCGUCACAUCAUCCCGUCUUCGGCCUGCAUUAAAGUCCCUCCAACCUGUUAUACCCGAUCAAAAUAGCUGGGGGAGACCUGUUUGCCGACGUCGCCGUGUGAAUAUUCGCAGAAAAUGGUUCUCCAAUAUGAUGGAUAGUCUUUUACCUCCUCUCCCAACUGCCGAUCUCGAAAUUCUGGAUGGAUUGAUCGCAGGGACUGUAGAAUGGAAACCUCGACCACGGGCCCGGGCCAAAUCUUCAGACAUCUGCGAGGACCUCACAGACAGUCUGAUCUUGAGUCUUCUAACGGAUGGGCCCCAGAAAGGCCAUACUUUUGGCAAACAUGCCAACGGCCGACCGCACGAGAUCACGGACAGAUUCAUGCGUCGUCUUUGGAAACGCAUUUCUUCUCUUGUUCCUCGGAUGCACUGGGUCGAAAAGGCAGAGAAGUGGUCAUUUUCCUGGGAGACACCCAAAUCGUUACCUUGGCUGGCUUUUGAGAUUGACGUGAAAGCAAAUUUAAAUAAUCUUUUUGAAGACCAGGCUGAUGCAGGAGCUCCAUGCAUGACUUCCGGCAAGGACUGA